UUCCUUUUUGUAAGCUAGGGUCUGUGUAGUUUCCCUAUAUGUCGUUUUUGUCUCUUUCAAAUUAUAAUAGAUGUUCAGUGAAAUUUUUUGUUGUGAAUCUCGAUCUCUGUCUUUGAUUCUUAUCGAGAGAGAACCGAAGUUGUGGUCAAUUGUUUUCUAUAUCAGUUAAUUUUGGGAUUGAAUUCAAAAUCAAUUACUACGAAUCCGCAAUAACUCGGCAGAUAACCAAAGUAAGAUGUCCAAAUUCUUUAGGAUUGAUAUUGCAAAACUAAGCUCAGCUCCAAAUGUUUGGUUGGGGUGCAGUUCACUAAUUCGGCAAGGGUGGGUUGGAUUUGAGCUCCAUGGUCUAAUUUGUGGUGUACGGUGUCCACUUAUAUGUUUCAUUCUUUCAAAUUCAUAACUACAGUUUCAGUGAACUAGAUGAGGCCCAUGGUGAAAUGUUUAGCUAGUGUGCAAUUCACGUAGUUUGCCUUGGUGGAUUUGGGGUUGAGACCCAAAUUCUGAAAUUUUCAUUCGCAAUAACUUGAACAAGGUAGAAAUUGGCUCCAUUUAUUUGAUGGUUCAUUUAUCAUGGAAACAAUGAUUAUAAGGGACAAUUUAUUCUGAUUGAACAUGAUGUAUGUAGUUUGCAUUAUAAUGGAACCAGGAACUUCUAAUGUCUUGGAAAUUCUAUGAUAUUUAUUAGUUUCAAUAUAGAAAAUCGGAAUGUGGUGCAUAAGCAGUAAGUCUACCUGUUUAAAUACUAUCUCUUGUUAUUAAACUAUAUAAAAUAGAGAAUGCAUGAGACUUGAACCUACUCAUAUAAAGGUAUAAAGGUAUUCACAUGUCCACCAAUGUGCAAAUAUCUUUGCUUUUUAUUUUUUAUGCAAAUUUUUAUAUAUUUUUUAUAGUGUGCAACCCCACAUCUCAACUCCCCCUUCUUCCCUACCCCCCUCUUUUCCUCUUCUCCUCCUCUCAUCUCUUUGUCCCCUUUUGCCCAUUUGAAACCCCUUAGUAAGGUUUUGUAUUCCUACUUGUAACAAGUGAAAGCAGGCCUUUGGCUGAGAGAGUGAAACAUUUCUGUAGGCAAUUCUGAAGCUUUUGCUUGGAUGAUAUUUAUAGACUGAAUGUUGACAAUCCAAUAUGAGCUGUGCUCAAGUUGUACACUUGCUUGACACUCUGAUGUCCAAACUACGGUAAAUCGGUUAGCUUCCACAGUUAGUGCCGUACUUACAAUGGCAGAUGGUCAUGAAACAGAUAAGAACAUUGAGAUAUGGAAGAUCAAAAAGUUGAUCAAGGCACUGGAAGCUGCUCGAGGCAACGGGACAAGCAUGAUUUCUCUUAUCAUGCCUCCGCGGGAUCAAAUAUCAAGGGUUACUAAGAUGCUGGGAGAUGAGUUUGGCACAGCUUCAAACAUUAAAAGCAGGGUGAAUCGUCAAUCUGUUUUGGGAGCAAUCACAUCUGCACAGCAAAGAUUGAAGUUGUACAACAAGGUCCCUCCCAAUGGGCUUGUGCUGUACACUGGUACUAUUGUGACAGAAGAUGGAAAGGAGAAGAAGGUGACUAUUGACUUUGAGCCUUUUAGGCCUAUAAAUGCUUCCCUUUACCUAUGUGACAACAAAUUCCAUACAGAAGCAUUGAAUGAACUUUUGGAAUCUGAUGACAAGUUUGGUUUUAUUGUUAUGGAUGGAAAUGGUACCCUCUUUGGCACAUUAAGUGGCAAUACUCGUGAGGUGCUUCAUAAAUUUACUGUUGACCUCCCAAAGAAACAUGGAAGAGGUGGGCAAUCAGCACUACGGUUUGCUCGUCUUCGAAUGGAGAAGCGUCACAACUAUGUGAGGAAGACAGCAGAGCUUGCUACACAAUUUUUUAUCAAUCCUGCCACUAGCCAGCCCAAUGUUGCAGGAUUAAUACUGGCUGGCUCAGCUGACUUCAAGACUGAGCUGAGUCAGUCCGACAUGUUUGAUCCCCGUCUUCAGGCCAAAAUACUUAAUGUAGUGGAUGUUUCUUAUGGAGGGGAGAAUGGUUUCAAUCAGGCAAUCGAGUUGUCCUCAGAGAUCUUAUCCAAUGUGAAGUUCAUUCAGGAGAAGCGCUUGAUUGGUAAAUACUUUGAGGAGAUCAGUCAGGACACUGGAAAGUAUGUCUUUGGUGUGGAAGAUACACUGAAAGCUUUGGAGAUGGGUGCUGUUGAGAUACUGAUUGUGUGGGAGAAUCUGGACAUGAAUAGGUAUGUUCUUAAAAACAGCACCACAGGUGAGAUUGUCAUAAAACACUUGAACAAGGAACAAGAGGCUGAUCAAAACACCUUCAGGGAUUCAGCUACCUCUGCUGAAUUGGAGGUUCAGGAAAAGAUGUCAUUGCUAGAGUGGUUUGCCAAUGAGUACAAGCGCUUUGGUUGUACACUUGAGUUUGUCACCAACAAAUCACAAGAGGGAUCCCAGUUCUGCAGGGGCUUUGGUGGGAUUGGUGGAAUCCUCCGUUACCAGCUAGACAUGCGAUCAUUUGAUGAGCUUUCUGAUGAUGGAGAAAACUACGACGAUUCUGAAUAGCAAUCAAUCAACUGUUCCCCUGUGCUGGUGCAGAUGGGGUCAAAUGCCUGCACUGGUACGCGAGAUGGGGGGCCUCUUGCUGCUGCUGCUAUCUUGAUGUCCAAAAAACUUUCAUGGAGAUAUAAUCAAGUUGGGAAUGCCUGGAUUUAAGAGCGCAAUGAAUGGCUUCUACUUUUUUGCUUGGAGGAGAUAGUGUGAAAGCUUACUUUUCCUUUGCUUCAGUGGAUGGCUUGGCUGGAACAAAAGAUGCUGAUACUUUGCAGCAGUUCUCUGGGAACCUUAUCGGUUGGUUUAUGGUGAACAUCUACUAUGGUUCUUCUCUCAGAAGAAGUUAUGUGCAUCCUUUAAGUAUUUUGUUUCAAGUUUAUGCAGGAUUUCCCUGCUGAAUAUGUUAUACUUAUGAGUGGCAUAACAUAGAUUGAUGGCCCACUUUAUUUGAUGGACCAUGGCUUGAUAUCUACCUUUGAAUGCCGGUAUUAUAAUGAAAUAGCAAACUACUUUACCCUGAAA